UGAAUAAUGUAUAGUACCAAAUCCCAACACAUGAUUUGCUUUAGCUCAGCAAGCCACCAAUACAAGCCACUGUAAUGAAUUGCUUUGCUGAACUCCCAAACGGGACACUCACUUUCCCUCUCUAACCUCUCUCCUUCUUCCAUUUCACACCAGAGUUAGAGAGAGAGAGAUUUCGUCACUGAAUUUUCUAGGGUUCCAAUUCCCUUUUUCGAUCUUCAUCGUCAUUGCGAAUCCAAGAUCGAAAAGGCUGAGUCUUUCAACAAUUCCGAUUCAGUGAAUGGCUUCUUCGAGCGCCGCAGCUCCUGGAUCCGCUGAUUCCACUGCAGCACGAAGAAACACCAAACGACCCAAGUAUUCAAAGUUUACACAGCAAGAACUUCCAGCAUGCAAGCCAAUUCUUACCCCUCGAGCGGUUAUUUCAGCAUUCUUGCUUGUCAGUGUUGUAUUUGUUCCUAUCGGAGUUGCUUCACUAAUUGCUUCGAGAAAGGUUGUUGAAAUUGUUCAUAGGUAUGAAUCAUCGUGCUUGAAAGGCGUAGAUAAUAAGAUAGCAUACAUUCAGAGUUCUGCAGAUAAAACAUGCAAAAUAACACUAAAAGUGGACAAGCACAUGAAGUCACCGAUUUAUGUCUACUACCAGCUUGACAACUUUUACCAGAAUCAUCGCCGGUAUGUUAAAAGCCGAAGUGAUCAGCAAUUGAGGGAUCCAAAAGAAGAGAGCUCAACAAGUGCUUGUAAGCCUGAAGAUAUUGCCAAUGGUAGGGCAAUUGUGCCUUGUGGUCUUAUAGCUUGGAGUUUAUUCAAUGAUACAUACAGCUUCUCCUAUAAAAACAAGAGUUUGACAGUUAAUAAGAAAGGCAUCGCCUGGAAGAGUGAUAGGGAGCACAAAUUUGGAAAAAAUGUUCUUCCUAAAAACUUCCAGAAUGGCUCCAUUAUAGGUGGUGCUCAUCUCAAUGAAUCCAUAGCUUUGAGUGAGCAGGAGGAUCUUAUUGUCUGGAUGAGAACUGCUGCCUUGCCAACGUUUAGAAAGUUGUACGGAAAGAUAGAGGUGGAUCUCGAUGAAGGUGAGAACAUAAGUGUAAAGCUUCAAAAUAACUACAACACAUACAGUUUUAAUGGCAAGAAAAAGCUCGUACUAUCAACUACUAGCUGGCUUGGUGGGAAGAAUGACUUCCUUGGCAUUGCUUAUCUCACCGUUGGAGGGUUGUGCUUCUUUUUGGCUUUGGCUUUUACCAUUGUAUAUUUCGUCAAGCCAAGGCAACUGGGAGAUCCCUCAUAUUUGUCAUGGAAUAGGAAUCCAGGAGGGCACUAGGGAAAGAAACAAAUCAUGCUUGUUUGUUAUUCCCAGUGUUAUGAGGCAUGGGUCUUCUACAGUGGAGGGUGUAGUUUUUGUAUAUCUAUGUUAACCAAUCACUAGUGACACUUUGAUUUUUAGGUGUGCCUGUUUGCAGAACACACUUUUUUUUUAUUCUUAUUGUGCAUCAGAAUUGAAAUAUGCUGUAUUUCCUAUUGAUAGAUAGCGUCCAAUAUAUAUGCAAGAAGUAAUUCAUACA